AGCGCUGCGCACGCCUCGUCGGCGAACAAAAAAGCAAACACAGAAAUAGAAGGCCGGGUGCUCGCGUUUCACUCGACGCAUUAUUGCUUCGCUCAGCAGUGCUUCUCGUCUCGCUCGCCCCGUCUCUUCGUACUCGCGCGCGGACGUCGCCUGCACCGUGUGUCCGCGCAAGAAAUGCUGUCAUCGCUUUCUCUCGCCGCUCAAGAGGUCGCACCGCUUUCGAAGGGCGCGUCGAAUUCGCUCUCGACGCGAAUCGCUGCUGGCACCUCGUCGCAAGUCCGCCGAAAUUCGCCCGACCCGUGAACAGUCGGUGCUCUUCCGCGUGCGUGAGUCGUCGCCGUUAAUUUUCAGGUUCUCACCGACGCUUGUUUUUUCUCAGCUGUGACUGACGGCGAGAAACCUGUGGGUGAUCACUCGCAACGCGUCCAAAUGGGCUGUCACCUCUCCGGUAACAUGUGAUCGACUUCACUGUGUGCCAGCUUUUUUCUCGUAUCGCAAUGUGUACUCGUUGACGAAGAGGAAUUGUUGCUCUCGCGCACGAAAUGACCCCAUUCGAUCUCGAGGAAACAAACCUGCUCCUUCGCACUCGGGAUGUGACUGUGUCGACGGAUAACGCUCGAAAGGAGCUCCGAUGUUCAGUGCUCGUCAGUCGGCUUCGCCAAUCGCGUGCGCUGGAAUAGCGAAUCGGGAGUUCCAUUGUCCGCUCCACAGCGUGUGUCGAAGUGUGAUGCAGCGCUUGCUGGGUGUGUCAUGAGGAUGCCUUCCCAACGGAUUCCCACGGCCACCGGCUCCCUAGCCCUUUUGCUAGCCUGUGUGACUUUCGUCCGCGCAGGAGAAUUGCCAACUGUUCACAUAGGAGCCAUUUUCGAGGACGGUGAGCGUGACUCGGAAACUGCGUUCCGCAGCGCGGUCGACCUGGUGAACAACGACCCCGCCCACGCGCUGACAAGGUUCCGGCUGGCCGGAGUCAUCCAGAGGAUACCGUCCCACGAUGCCUUCCACGCUCGGAAAGCAGCCUGCAAGCUGCUGUCGAUGGGCGUGAUGGCCAUCGUGGGACCGAGUUCGGGCCCCGGUUCUGCCGCCGUGGACGCCGCGUGCAAGCGGUCACGUGUCCCCCACCUCGUCACCCGUGCGCCGGGCAGCGGCAUCGGCGACGGCGGUGUCAGCAGUGACGAAGGCAGCGGAGACUCGUCAUCCAUCUCAAUCCGCGUUUCACCUCGGCGUGCCAAUCUGGGAUCUGCGCUGAAAGGACUCUUGGACAUCAAGGGCUGGUCGUCUUUCACAAUCGUCUACGAGGACAGCCUGACGCUUCUCCGGCUUCGAGAACUGCUGCGCCUGUCGUCAACGGGAGACAUCACGUUUCAGCUGCGCCAGUGCUCGCCGGGUGAGGAGCUGCGCAAGGUGUUCCGCGAAGUGGGACGGCGUGGCGAAUCGAACAUCCUGUUGGACGCCCCCACGCACCGCGUUAGGGAGUACCUGAAGCAGGCUCAGGAUGCAGGAAUGCUAACAGAAUACCACAACUACAUUACGACGUCCUUGGACCUGCACGCGGUCGACCUGCGGUCCUUCCACAGUUCGCGCUGCAACGUGACCGGCUUUCGCAUGGUGACCACGGCAGAGUUGCCUCCGCUCUUGGCGCAGCGUGAGCCGAAGCCCAUAAGCGGCGUCGAAGACUCGUUGGAGCUGCUGUCGCCAAGAGCGAGGCAGAUCUUCUCUAGCGUAAAGUCGGGCGCAGCCCUCGCCCACGACGCCGUGCUGUCGUUUGCCCGUGGCCUGCAGACGCUCAGCAGGAGCCGAAACCUGGAGCCCAGGCACGACGCGACGUGCGACCCAGGGCGCGCUGCCUGGCCCUACGGUCUCUCACUCGCCACUCAGAUCAAAGCGAGCACUGUGUCAGGUCUCACCGGAAGACUGCAGUUCGACACGUUUGGAUAUCGAACGAAUCUAUCGCUUUCCGUUAUUCAGCUCAAGGAAGCCGGACUAUCAGAGGUUGGCACGUGGGACGAACGUCGUGGAGUUCACUUCAGCAAGAAUCAAAGCGAGGUUUACGAGGAGGUGGCUCACACACUAAGAAAUAAAACACUCCGAGUCGUGACCAUUGUGAGCGAGCCCUACGUUGUGUUGCACAAGGACUCCAAGUCUGCACCAGCGGGUGAAAAUAGGCUUGACGGAUUUUGCGUCGACAUCCUUCGGCAGAUGGCGCUGAUGAUGGGAUUCCGCUUCGAGCUGCGGCUUGUGCGCGAUGGUACCUACGGCACGGUCAAUGCGCGCGGGGAGUGGAGUGGCAUCAUCCGCGAGGUCAUGGACAGGGAAGCCGACCUGGCCAUCGGUGACCUUACCAUCACGGUGUCACGAUCGCACGCCGUGGACUUCACGCUGCCCUUCAUGCACACUGGCAUCGGCAUCCUGUACCGGCGUCCCGUGCAGGAGUCGCGCCUCUUCUACUUCCUGCUGCCUUUGUCCCUGGACGUGUGGCUCUGCCUCCUGGCCGCCUACCUGGGCGCUGCGCUGAUGCUCCACUUGGCGGCGCGCAUGGCACCCGCCGAAUGGCACGUGCCCAGGCACGGUCCCAAGUGCGACUGCGACCGGUCGCCGGGUGCGGACAAGCCGCGAAACGCGCUCAGUCUCGGCGAGAGCCUCUGGUACGCCACUUCGGCGCUCCUGUUCCAGAGCUGCGAGACCAGCCCGAGGGCGGCGUCCACAAGGCUUAUUGCCAUCAGUUGGUGGGUGUUCUCGCUGAUCAUGGUUUCCUUCUACACGGCCAACAUGGCCGCCUUCUUAGUCAACGAGAAGCUCCAGUUUCCCAUAGAAAACGUUCACGACCUAGCUGCCCAGUCGAAGAUUCGGUAUGGCUGUAUGGCGUCUGGCUCUACGGAGACGUUUUUUAAGGAAUCGAAACUGGAGCCAUACGAACGGAUGUGGACGGUGAUGUCUAACAACCGCGAUGAUUCCCUCGCUUCAUCGACCGCCGAAGGCGUGGAGCGUGUCCGACGGGGUGACUACGCUUUCCUGAUGGAGGCAGCCACCAUCGAGUACCUCACAGACAGAGACUGCCAGCUGGCUCAGAUUGGGGGACCACUCGACUCCAAGGGAUAUGGAUUCGCGCUGCCAAGGGCGUCCCCCUACACCGCCCACCUGUCUGAAGCCAUUCUCCGACUUCAGGAGACUGGCGUCAUUGCGCGCCUCAAGAAGCAGUGGUGGAUGGGACACUGCUCUCAGCAACGCGAGCGGGAGAAGGGCACCUCUGCACUGUCUGAGACGAAGGACUCUUCCGAGGAGGCGAACGCGCUGGGUGUCUCGAACGUCGGCGGCGUCUUCCUCGUUCUCCUCGGAGGCCUUGGUGUGUCCAGCGUGUGCGUGAUCCUCGAGUUUGUAUGGAAGACGCGCCCUUCCUCCAAAGCUAAGAAGAAAGCUGUGGAAAGGAGCUGCGAGAUUAUGGAACUGUCCAAGAAAGAGUCCAAGACUUCACUGGAGGUGCUGUCUACUGCUCAAGAGGAUCGCUCAAUAUCGGUGCUGCCGGCCACGACGCUUCAAGUAGACAUUGUGGACGGCCGCGAAGCAUCGGCACAUGCUCAGCAGAGGAGGCCUGAUGUUUCCUAGCAGUGUGGCGAGUCACCAGACGUUCUUGCCACGGCCACGCACAACCCCGAGGCAUUCUGGUGACUCUCCGAUAUCACCCUCUGUGCGGAACAGCGGACGCUGAAAAAAAAAUGACGGUUACUGCCAGCGGACAUCUGCGACAACGCUUUCGUAUCGUCGCCAAACGUACCGCCCUGUGAAAAACAGUGAACAAUGUGAACUAAGUGGACAUGCACUAACUCACUUCUGCUCACUGUGGUGCGUCCUUAUACGGCUGCAUCCUUUAGCCGCUGUCCGAAGACGUGCAUUUUUCCUUUUUUUUUACCAAAUGUUUCGUCCCAUGCCAGCAAGUGAUGUAAAGUUGUGACUUUGAGAUGAAAGAAGAGCAAAGCGAAGGUGAAGUUACUGGGAGGUGUAAGCGGCUAUCCCAAGUAAGCAAACAAAAAGUGGUGCUUUACUUGUUUCAAGUGAGCUCUGGUUCACACUAAUAAAAUUUAAGAGAAAGCA